AAUCGAGGCACAACUAAACCUCAACUCCACUGUGUAUGGGGGCGAUUAUAGUAUCGAAUUUAUGCCAGUUGUUGACGGAAUUUUAAUUAGGGCAAUGCCCGAGGUUUUACUUUCGAAUUCCGCAUCUGAGGAAAACAAGUUCUUCAGAUCGUUAGACGCUAUAUACGGUACAUCAAACACGGAGGGAAUUAGCGCAACCAUUGUCGCUUAUGGUUUGCAAAAGAGGUACGGAUUCAAUGCCACGCUUGAAAUUCCUAACAUUGUUCUACAUGACGAGUUUGCACCAACCAUUUCCCGGCUUUUCUACAAUAACAACGAGCAAGUGUCACGUGCUAUUUAUGAUGAAUACAGUAGUGAGGAUACGCUUGAGCAGAGUAAGAAUAUGUUGGAUUUGUUCACAGAUUAUGUAUUUCUUGCUGCAACAGUCGGAGCGCUAAACUCACAUUCACUUGCUGGUUCUGUCCCAUCGGGAAAUACUUUCCAGUAUUUAUUUACUGGAGAGGGUAUUAUUGAAGGCCCGUUUGUUCUUCCUGUAUAUUUCAAAGGAGCGUGGCAUGGAGCAGAAUUGUCUUUCCUUUUCGGCUUAAAUGGUCCAGGGAAUGUGCUGAACAAAACUGCGGAUGGAAAUGCUCUAAGAAAAAAAAUGAUUUCCUAUUGGACCAACUUCGCUAAGCAUGGCAACCCAAAUGGUAAAGGACUCCCCCGAUGGCCUACCUACGACCCAAUGACAGCUGAGUACUUAAACAUCAAUACAGUAUCAUCAACAGGAAGUCACGUGGCCGCGGAUAGAAUGAGGUUUUGGAAUUGGUGCAUCCCGUCACUACUAAAAAUCGGAUCCAAUACCAUCGUAGGAAAGUAAUAGACACUUUUAUCUUGGAUGCAGGGCUCUACAAUUCGUUUGCAAACCUCAUUUGCACCCGUCAUCAUGAAAACGGAAAUGACGUCAAAUAUAGAAAAGACUUUGAAGUUGAGACACGCGCAGAGGAUUUGUAAACCUAUACCGCGAUUUGUCUUUCACAAGCAUGUCAACAUGUGUGUAAUUUUCAAAUAGAUGGUUUUUUAACAUGUUAAUAAAAGUAUUAGC